AUGACAGAGGAAGGUAAGGAUUCCUAAAUGUUCGGUUUCUCAGAAUGUGUCAGCCCCAGCCUCGGAAAUGAGUCGCAUGAGCCGGAAGAGGUCUAGAAGCCGUGGCGUGGUUCAAGAUCGCACACUUAAGUUAACUGCUGAACAAAAAUGUACAAUAGCGCAAGUGGAAAUUGAGGACUAUAAACAGGAUAUGGCGGCCCUCAAAGCCUCAUCGGAAAAGAUUAUUGAUGGCUACAAGGUAACCCAUAAGACCUUUGUGCAUACUCGGCAAAGGCUAUAAUCGAAGAGGCAGACAUACAGCUAAAAGAAGCCAAAAAAUUCAUUUAUGAUUUUGAGAAAGAAGUCAUCAAAACUUCAUACCAGGAGCGCUUUCAUGCUGUACUUGCUGAAAGGGUUAUGCGAUUUUUGGAGGAACACCUUCGCGGAAGGGUACGUACGUUUGGGGGUUUCUAGUUUCUCGAGAAACUAGUUAACUCAUCAGUUAACUUCAAACCAUUGAUUCAAAAUUAGGCGUAAUUUGCAACAAUUUUCAUAUUGUUAGCUUACUUAGAGGGCAUUUUUAAGAAAAUGCGUUAUAAAACAUGACUGGCUUUUCCUACAUAGUAUCCAAAUAUUUAAGAGCAACCAGAAAGCCGCUAAGACAUCCAGAAAACGCCCUCGACGGUCGAGAUUUACAGCGCUCCAGUAGGUAUUGAAACGAGUUAUCUUCUUGUCUGCUUGUUAAUUCCAGUUGAUUUCUGAAGGCAGACGCAAUCAAACCAAAUUGAUUAAGAGGUGUUGUAUGCAUUCAUAGUUUAACGUUACUCUCUGCGGUGGCGACGGAGUGCAGUACUGUUAUACUUCGUGAAAAUUUGAUUGUUAACUCUGUUUUGAAAAGACAACGCUAUUGGCAUAUAUAAUUCUUACUGGAUCCAGGAAGCUUUCAUGAAUAACGUUUUUCCGCGGUCGAGCAGCCCUCCCUCCUUAUCAUUUCUGAGCUUUCCCUUGUUUCUUUAGUGUUUUGACAAUUUUUCCAAUUUGAUCACUUUUCCACUGUUUAGAUGUCCGAGCUUCUGCAGCAUUAUUGUUUAUCAAUGAGAUUUGUCCAUUAGUCGCCUUACUCCUAAACGUCUGCCUUUAAACUUCUGGUGACCGCGUUUUUCAUCGCGCACAUACUCACAGAAAGGCGACAGAAUAUACCCGAUAAUUUAAUUCCCGGAUACAUCAUUGAAAUUUACCUCCUCCUGGCUGGUUAGGUAAACGGAGCAGGCGUUUCUUCUCAUCAGACGAUAAGUCCUGCAAUCAGACUAAUGAUGGCAUUCGUUCAACCCAGGAUCACUCUUCUACUGCUGGAGAGCGCAGUACAGCACAAGCUGUUGAGUAGUUGAUUUUGGUACUCCUUAACAAGGAAUGACAAGGAAAAGUAGCAAACGAUCCUGAUUUUAGCGGACUAUGCAUCUUCUCACCAAAAUGGUUGGAAACGUUCUGGGCAUAACAUUAGUGUCUGCGUAUGGUCCAUGGUCUUAGAAACAUGCAUCUACAAGUAUGGCGGAUCAAGCAUAAGACUUACUGAUUCGCAAUUCCAUUAAAAUAUGCCGCCAUAAGAGUUUUUAACUGACUUUGAAGCUUGUUAUUUUAUCAUUUCUCAUGCGCUGACAUUACUCCUUCGAGCCGACAUUUUUGAAAUAAGUGAAAAGAUCUGAUAAAUGCAUUUCAUCGCGUACUAAAUAUCGUUCUACUUUUAUCCAACAUAAAGGAUACACUAGUAGAACAACUUCGUUUGAAGAACUCGACGCUGAAAAUUCAAAAGAAGAAACUUUUGGCACAGUUGCGGCAGAAGGAAGAAAUGGGCGAAGUUCUUCAUGAAGUCGACUUCGAACAGUUGAAAAUUGAAAAUGCUACAUUUCUUGCAUCGAUCGAUGCAAAGAAUCACGAGCUUUUGCGUCUCAAACUGACCGCCGGCAGAACACUGCAAGUUGUGAAUGCAUACAGGGUAGAAGGAAUUAUUUUUGAACGACGUAAUAUCUAGAGGAAGUUAAGCACAGUGUUACAGGAGGCCAAGGUAUUACGGUCUGAGAUCCAAACCCGGAGAGACCUGAUGGAACGUACGAAGGCUGAGAUAGAAAGUUCGAGAAAGGUAAGCGCUCAGUUGUCAAACGGUCGCUACGAAAGCGGUUCCCCUGUGCAGAAAGUUCUUAUUUUUCAUAACAGUAAGCGGAACAAAUAAGCAAAUCAGUUAACUCGACAAUUAAUUACAGUCCUAGCUGUUGUCUCCCCUACACUGGCUUUCAAGUUCUCAGACUUAACUUAACAACUCUUAAAUAAUACACUAGACUUGACGAUGUUUAUAGCUGUAUGAGGCAGAUCAUGAUUAGAACAACAGCUAAGGAGAAACCUAUUUCUCUAGACGACAGCAAGACAGAUGGAAGCACAUGCCUGCCUGAUAAAAAGUCAAGGCACAAACCCACCCGUCAUAUUUUUCCAAACUUACUCACAUCUGUAGAAUAAGAAAAACCCUGUAUCGUCUGUUAAGCGUCACAUCGAAUUAAGACCUCCUCAACAGUAUUAAGUCCGCCUUCCCAUUUAUUAAUCAAGUAGACUCCCAACUCCAAAGUAAAGCGAAAAUGAUCAUUUCCGUCCUGCGGUCAGGACAGAUUGAUGCACGCCACGUCCGUGUAUGCAUAUCAAUUCAGCGUAUCAACCCAACAUGUCUUUGAAGUAUGUUUACCCCACCUUUUCAGGAAAAAGAGCAGGUUGAAGCUGCUACCGCCAAUCUCAAACAGCUGAUUGGAGACUAUCGCGUGCCAGCCGCAUUCGCCUACGUGGAUUGUGUUCGAGACAUGCGCACACUGCGGAGAAAAGAGAAGAUACAUGAGCGCAAAGUGGCCAUAGCCAAGGUGAGUGAAACGCGGCAACUGGCUGCCAAAUCGCCAGACGGGCUGCAAGUCACGUUGCCUGAGGAGGCAACAUAG